ACGGUAAGACGCCAUUGCAUAAAGCAGCUGCCAUCGGUGAUGUAGAUACUAUGUGGACUCUGCUAGAAAGGGUUUCUCUCUUGGACCAGAGGGACACUCUCCUGGAAGAGAAGAAUACUCUAUUGGAUGAGAGAGUAUGUAUUGGUCGCUCUUCUGGACACUCUCGUGGACAAGAGAGUAUCUCUUGUGGACUCUCUCGUGGACACUCUUCUGGACACGCUCAAGAAGAAGAGGGAGUCUUCUCUGGACGAGAGUGAAAAAGAAAUUGUGGAAAAACUCUUGAUGGACAAAGAAAUCGUGAAACAGAUCGUGAAAGAAAUUGUGAAAGAGCACGAAGAAAGGACGAGAAAAAGUAUUCGUCAGCCCGAUUUCUUCGGCCAAACGGCUCUCCUCGAAGCAGUAAGGAGGGGUCACUGUGAAGCCGUACGGUACCUGUUAGAUAAGGGAUCUAGGCCUCUCUUUGAACGAAACUCUGAAGGGAAAACUGCACUUUACUAUUCUGUGCAUAUUGCAGACAAACAAGCGGCGAUUCAGAUGGCUGAGAUACUGUUGAAUCAUUAUACAUCUCGCGAAGAGAGGUUGCUUCUGCUUUGGGCGUCGGCUAUAGGCAUGGGUACAGCAGAACAAAGUGCAGAAUCCUCACCAGAACUUCACAAUUUUCUCAUGCAGCAAAGAGAACUCGCCGCUGGAAGCUCAAGUGACUUGCUAUUUAGCGCGAUUAAACUAGGGUAUGAGGCAUUAGCAUGGGAAUUUAUCGAUAGAGGUGCAAACACUAGUCAGAUAGACAACCUCGCCGACCGUGAUUUAUCGGAUGUUGAGCGAGAGCGAUUCAAUAAGUUUCUGACAGCUCUUAAGCUUGGAGGUGUGCAUGUAAAGAAUGUAAUAGAAGGGGACCCAGACCAACCAACUAUCCACGAUAGCGUCGGAAGAAGAGUUUUUGCAGAGGGCCUGGCUGCACUUUUUCUAAAUCCAUAUGUUAAGUCACCUGUGACUGUGGGCAUCUCAGGUGAAUGGGGAAUUGGCAAGUCCAGUUUAAUGUUGCAGACUGAAAUGAUUUUGAUACAAGCGGCAGCUCAGCAAGCGUUUCCAAAUAUUCUACCAAUCGAGGAUUUUCCACAACAGUUCAAGCUAACUCGGAAAGAUAGAAAAAAAUACAAUAAAGUUAGGGAUGGAGUGAAAGCUUUAUUGGCAGCCACUAGAACAGAUAACAUUGUUGGUGAUCCACUUGUCUAUUUUCUUGACAAUUAUCAAGACAAAUACCACCAAGUUUAUAAAUCAUUAGCACUCAUGGAACGCGGUGAGAUGGAUAAAACGUUAGAUUCAAGUGCCAACCUGCACAAGAUUCCUAAUGUUCUAACUGUUCGCUAUAACGCAUGGCAUUACCGGAAUGAGUUAGAAGCGUGGGCAGGCUUGGCUGUUACAAUAACAAAGGCGAUGGAAGAAUCAAUGACAGAGUCCCAGAGAAUUAGGUCUCGCUGGCGAUACACAAAGAAUGAACGAGGAGGCGAAAUACUUCUACAAUUUCUUUUGCCGUGCAUCCUUGCUCUUUUUCUUUCGGGUUUGGCUACUUGGACAGUCUGGAUGUUGUUAAGAAGAUCAAAGCACAGUGAUCUCGAAGGCUUAAAAUAUGGAUCGAUAGCUAUAACUCUAGUAGUAAUUUUUUGGACUGUAAUGAGACAGUUGCUUUCUGUUUUUAAACCUGUCACUGUUCAAGUUAUGAAAUAUAUUCAUCUGCCUGACCAUAGCACAAAUCUCGGUUAUCAGCAUCAAGUCAUAUCUGACAUCAAAUUCUUAAAAGAACAAAUUUGUGAAAAACCUUCUUUGCUUUGGAAAUUCCUUGCUGGCAAUUGGCUAUGGGGUGACACUGUCAAAGGCACGUCCAUUCCGAAGUCACAUCCGCCUUCCAAAAAUGAUCUUCGCAUGAUUGUCUUUGUUGACGAUUUAGAUAGGUGCGAAGACACCGUCAUUUUAAAGGUACUCUCUGCAGUUAAUUUGGUCUUAGCGGUUUGCGACAUCAACGUGAUUCUUGGAAUGGACAAAAAAAUGAUCUCAAGAGCAAUAGCAAAUAAUUAUCAAAACCAAUAUCAAGACGAUAAUAAUUCAAAUGAGGUUGAUGCGGAUAAUUUGGCGGAGAAAUAUUUACGCAAGAUAAUUCAGCUAACCUUGGCCUUGCCAGAUCUUGGCAAUGAUGAAAGAAAAGAGUUUCUAAAUCAGCAGUUGGGAGAGGAGAUCAAGGAAAUUGGCAAUGACGUGACAGAGGGGAGCUCACGACCUUCACCAGGUGCUCAACUGAAUGAUCCAGAAAACCUACAUUUUCUGGUUGAUGCAGAUGGUCAGUUCAGUGAUCAAGAAAACCUUCCACAAAACUAUCCACAAACCGGCCCAGAUUCUUUAGUAGAUGUUCAACCCAGUGAUGUAGAAAACCCUCAUGAAAACCUUCUGCAAAACCAUCCACAAAGCGUCCCAGGAUCUUUAUCAGAUGCAGAUGCUCAACCCAGUGAUGUAAAAUACCCACUACAAAACCGUCCGCAAAGUGGCCUAGAGAAGCGGACGGUAAUUUUUAAAUUACUCAAUUGUUUUAGAGCAUUGAGGAGUAGGCUUUACGGAUGGAAUAAGUCAGAUCGGGAUAUGAGGAGGUCGAAACUGAAAAGCACAAUAGUAAAUAGUCGCAGUUGGUAAUGCGAAGAUAUAGCCAUGAAGAACGGCGAGCGAUAGCUUUCUUGAGCACACAAACAACAGAUGACCCACAGCUUCCUCGGGAAUGGAAAAGAUUCCUUCUAUACCACCGUCUCGCGUGGAACAUUUUUCUUAUAAGCAAGCAAGGGAAAAACUUAUCAGGAUGGCAGGUUCAGUUACUUGUAUGGACCUUCUGUUGCUGGCAAUGGAAAGACAAUGUCAACUGUAUUACGAAGGAUUGGAAGAAGCUUGUGUCUAUAAAGGAUGACACUGUAAAUGACGAGAACCCCUCAUUCAAAACUAUUGUUGAGCAUUAUGUUGACAGAAAUGUAGAACCUGAGGAAAGGCAUAAAUGGCAGUUCCUAAUUCAGAUUUUAUUCAAAUAUGAUGUCACCAUGGAGAGCAUUCAAUCUUUUGAAAAGUUUCGACUAAAUUGUGACAUUGGAUAUCCCCUUCGGCUUCCUCCAAAUGCAAUAGAGUCAAUCAGCGGCAUCUCCAACUUGGAAUCUCUCUAAGAAAUGUUGUAUUUCUUGUUAAGUGGAAGAUGAAUCAGAGUUAUUAGAACCUCAAAAAUUAUUAGUGCAAGUCCGAAAGCAAGAGCUAAGUAAUUUCAUAUUUUUCAGACAAUCAUGGCAGAUAAAUUAAUUAUCCUCUAAUACUAUUGCCCAUGCCGCCACCUACCAACAAAACUGUGUUUCCAGCCGACUACGCAUCGAGUGACUUCUAGAGGCUUCAGUCCACAUGAUUCUUGUGUUGCACUCUUUCAACUGCAAAUCAUUAAUUUUGUAACUAACUCUUAUCCAGAGUCUUCUAUGUAUCUUCUUAUAAGUUCAAUUGCAAGGGCCUAUAUUCAGUAGAGCCCAUUUAUGGGUUU